AUGGCGAGUCGAUCGUUCCAAAAGCCGGCGUCAUACUUGGCGAGUGCAGCACAACAGAAGCCCAGUCGAAGUCCGAGGCCAUCUUUCAAUCGCACCGGGUCUGCAUCCUCCACGGCGUCUACGAGGAGUGAAGAUGGAUUUGUCGCUACAUUACGCUCGUUGAAUAUCAGAGACAGCAGUGAUGGAGAAGGGGAACACCUGGCCUCACGAGGUCGAACUACUGGCAAUACUAGCAGCCCCGUAUUACGGCCAAGACAGCCGGUCCAAGGCACCCCGUCUAAAAAGAGGAGCAAACCCAUAUCAAUCGAAGUCCCCAAGAGAAAUACUCCUUCAAGCUACACACCAUUAACAGGACGAGGAGAAAACGUAAAAGGAGGCUACUUCCCCGAAUUCGACGAUAUUCAGCAAAAGUACCGACAUAAUCCGUUUGCACACAUAAGUGGCUUUCCAGGUCCAGUUCCUCCUGUUCCACAACCCUCACCAGGCGCCUCAACUCCAAUGUCUCCUUCAAAUAUGUCUGCUAGCUCUUCACAGGCGUCUCCCUCAGAGGCAACCCCCAAAGCUCCCGGCCUCGCUCUGAGUCCUUUCAACUUCCGACCUUCACCGACUCUCGACGGUUUUGCUAUUCCAAAGGGAAAGUAUUAUCCUUCGAAUUAUGUAUCACCAGAAGCUUCUCGUACCACCACGCCAGGGCUAUCAAGUGCACCGGCGCCACCAACAACCUUACAAAUCCCGGCCUUGGCCUCUCAAAACAAGAAGAACAGAAAUGCUAUGCAGGACCGCACAAGUGACGAUGUCAAGAGGAAGGUUCAGAAAUACCAAAGGGACAUGCUUGCCCAGGCUCAACACCGUACGCCUCGUGAUCCCACCAAACAAGUCGUCGUUCCAGAACCUACCAGUGCCAGACUUUUACCAAUAGGUAGUCCAGGGCCGAUUAAUACUCCACUGGAGUUGGAUGAAUCUGAUGGUUAUCUCGUUGCUGGAAGUCGUGCCCACGGAGAUGGUUUCAUGACGCAAGGCCGUGAUCGACAACAAAAUAUGGUUGAUGCCAUGAUCAUUAUGGAGCGUAGUCGUACGCACAGCAGUGGUCUAUGA